GACAAAUGGAAGCAUCUAAAAAUUUUGGAAGCUAACCUCACAGUGCACGUGUUUGAUUUUUAUAAACAUGUGUGAUAAACAGUAGUAUUAUUGGGAAACUUAUUUUGACCCGAUUUAAAAGUGUGACAGGCAUUAUAAGUGUUAGCGUCCCGUAAUUAUUAUAAAGUAUGACUGAAGUUCAGCAACCCGGCAUCGAAGUGUUUUCGGAGAAAAAAAAGAAGAAAAAUAAGGAUGGGGUGUCGCUUGGCACGUUCCAAAAGCUCGGUGAUUUCAAAAUAGAGCCAUCGGAGAGCGUCACCAAGCUCGAUACGGCGUACUGGCCGCUCCUGCUGAAGAACUUUGACCGUCUCAACGUGCGCACGAACCACUACACGCCGCUGCCCUUUGGCAGCUCGCCACUCAAGCGACCCAUCACCGAGUACAUCAAGGCCGGGUUCAUCAACGUCGACAAGCCCAGCAACCCCAGCUCCCACGAGGUCGUGUCAUGGAUCAAGAGGAUCCUGAAGGUGGAGAAGACGGGGCACUCCGGCACCCUCGAUCCCAAAGUCACGGGAUGCCUCAUCGUAUGCAUAGACCGAGCUACUCGGCUGGUCAAGUCCCAGCAGAACGCCGGUAAGGAGUAUGUCGCCGUUUUCAAUUUGCACUCCGCCGUCGAGAGCAUCAAGAAGGUUACCCAAGGACUGGAGAAACUGAGAGGAGCUCUCUUCCAGCGUCCCCCGCUCAUAUCGGCCGUGAAGCGUCAGCUUCGCGUGCGCACCGUCUACGACAGCAAACUCCUGGACUACGACCAGGAGAGAAAUAUUGGAGUAUUCUGGGUCAGCUGCGAGGCUGGCUCAUACAUCCGUACCAUGUGCGUACACUUGGGCCUCAUGCUGGGAGUCGGGGGUCAAAUGAUUGAGCUCCGAAGAGUGAGAUCAGGUAUCCAGGGUGAAAAGGAGGGUAUGGUGACUAUGCAUGAUAUUCUGGAUGCCCAGUGGGCGUACGAAAACCACAAAGACGAGACGUACCUGAGGAGAGUCAUCAAGCCCCUGGAGGGUCUCCUGGUGGCCCACAAGAGGAUAUUCAUUAAGGACAGUGCAGUGAAUGCUGUGUGCUAUGGAGCCAAAGUUCUUCUACCUGGUAUUCUACGUUACGAGGAUGGUAUUGAAGUUGACCAGGAGAUUGUUAUAGUGACCACUAAGGGUGAGGCUGUAGCUCUGGCCAUCGCUCUAAUGACCACAUCGACCAUGGCAUCCUGUGACCACGGAGUAGCAGCCAAACUAAAGAGAGUUAUAAUGGAAAGAGACACCUACCCCAGAAAAUGGGGCUUGGGUCCCAAAGCAUCUCACAAGAAAAUGCUCAUCCAGCAGGGAAAAUUAGACAAACACGGAAAACCCAAUGAGAACACACCAUCUGAGUGGCUGAACAGCUAUGUGGAUUACAAAAAAACAGAAGUUAAGGAGACGGAGAAUGGCACACAGGAGGAGAGCAGAAAGAGAACGGCGAGCAUAGCCAAUGAGGAUGAUCCCAAUAACUCAGUAGAACAAAAGUCAGAAAAGAAAAAGAAGAAGAAAAAGAAGGACAGUGAAAGUAUCGCCGAAGCUGAUACAACAGUAGACGCAGCGGUAGAGGAUGCUGAAGCGCCCCGUAAGGAAAAGAAAAAGAAGAAGAAGAAGGACAAAGACCAGGAGCGGGAAGAGGAAUAAACAGAUGAGUUGGACUAGAAUCAUGUGGCCAAUGCCUUUAGAAUAACCAGAUGAUAUAAUCAGUUGCAGAGUAUACCUCACUGUUUUUGUGAUUGUAGUAUAAAUCACAAAAUAAAAUAUUUACAUAUUAAUACCUCGAUCGUGGGAAUGG